UCUAGGCUCAGCAUUUGAUCUGUCCUUGGGUUUGAGCUCUUAGCCAGUAUGCCUGCCGAUUACAAUGGAACAUGGGAAAUGGAAUCCAAUGAAAACUUCGAAGGUUACAUGGUUGCCUUAGGAAUUGAUUUUGCCACUCGUAAGAUUGCAGGACACUUGAAACAAACAAAGGAAAUUAUUCAAGAUGGAGACAAUUUUAAGACAAAAACACUCAGUACUUUCAGAAACUAUGAACUGAAUUACACUGUGGGAGUAGAGUUUGAAGAACGGACCAAAGGGCUUGACAACCGAGUUGUGCAGACGCUUGUGAGUUGGGAUGGUGAUAAAUUAGUAUGUGUUCAGAAGGGUGAGAAAAAACACAGAGGUUGGACGCACUGGAUUGAAGGAGAUAGACUGCAUCUGGAGCUGACAUGUGAAGACCAGCUGUGCCAUCAAAUAUUUAAGAAGAAAAAGUAAGCUGACCAGAAAGUCCAACUGGUUUCUCACUGUGCUAUUUUUAAAGCUAUGUAAUGACUACUUUACAGUGUCAUCUGAGAACAUUGCUGUGCACUAUUAUCUCAGACAAACACGUCCUUUAACACUAAUAUGGAAAUACUUCUGCACAUUUUAAGGUCUCUUGCCUUUCAACUUGGCAUUAAAUAAAUAAUUCUCAA